AUGAAUGGGACACACGACAACAACAAUGUCGCUCUCUAUGCCUCAGCCGGGGAAGACCCUCACCUCUCGGACACGGACGAAGACAAUGCGCCCGACGCCGUGAUCAUGGGCGAUUACUCGGCCCGUUUCGAAGAGCUCAUGAGCGACGGCGACAAUGGCGGAGAACAAGGGGAGGACGAUGCCGAUGACGACGAAGAGGAGGGAUUUGUCUACGAUGGAGUUGAUGCGGACCCAACUGGUGGAUAUCGCGAGCAGCUCCGCCAGGUACUGGGUGCGGACCACGAGGAGGAUGAACUCGAAGAGGAGCAGGAGGUCGAGCGGUCCCUUGUUCAUGAAGUUGCGGAAAACGAGAAGUUUGCCGCGACUAUUGAAGACGAGGCUGCACUUGGGAAUGGCUCACCCUUGCGCUCGCCCUCGUCGCGCCCUUACCUUCACCCAACCAUCUCCCGUCUUCGUUCCGUCACCCCUCAACCUUCUCGCACCUCUUCCGCAGCGAGCGGCGCGACUCUUCAUUCACAUCUCCACGAAUCCGCAUCAGUUGUUCCCUCGCACUUCUCCGCCCUCUCCCGGUCAUCCUCCAUCACCAACCUAUCCGCAAACGAGGCUUCAGCACGAGACGAGCUUGUCCGUGAAAUCCUCCGCUGGACUCAGCUGCGCGUUGUCGGAGAACAUAUUUAUGCUGGUCAGGGCCCCAAGACAUCUGCACUGUUCGGCAUCCAGUCGUCUGGAUCACCUACCGUAAUGGCCGCCAACGGGCUGAUCUGUGUGGGGACAGACUCUGGUCGCGUUCUCGUAUUCGACUUCAAGCAGACUCUGAAGUGUGUUUGUGGCAGUGAUGCUUCAGGUAAGCCAUUUUCCCCCGUUACGUCUUUGGCACUCUCCUUUGACCACACGUACGUCGCGGUAGGCCAUGCAGCCGGUCAUGUCGAACUCUACGACCUGCGUUCCCCCAAGGCCCCCGCACGCGUUGUUCCACCCACCACUCUCGCUGCCGUCGCUUCGGGCCGGCAAGAGGGCCAUCUCCCCGGAUCCCGCAUCGUUAGCGUUGGCUUCAUAGCUGGACGCCAUACCGCACUCGUCUCAGCAGAUGACUGCGGUCUUGCGUUCUACCACAGCCUGGGCAAGGUUCUCUUUGUCGAUGCGACGGAUAUUCUUCGCAUCCUUGGCAAGUAUCCGGAGGAAGAAGCUCCUGAAAUCCCCUCAGGAUUGGGUCACCGUUUCCGCCGCCGAAAGACCCGCAAGCCUGCCACCAUUCUAUCCAUGGUACCUUUACCCUUGGGCACGGCUGCGCAUCCCACGGAUUCGUAUAAUCUCAUCGCCCUUCUCACACCCAUCAAACUCGUCAUCGUCGGCCUCAAGCCAUCUCCGAAGACAUGGUACAGACGACAUCGGGAAUCGGAGGAGGAAGUGAAUUCCAAGUCAAGGUUCAAGGGUACUCUGGCGUGGUUCCCUAGUGUUACCGUCGGUUCAGACUUGACCUCAUCUCCGGAGCGUGACACCAAGAAGACUCAGGCAAAUGGUGCCCAUCCCACAUCCACACCGAUGCUCGUGUACACAUGGGGCGAAUCCAUGCACCUGCUCCGUGUGUCAGAGUCCAAGAUCACGCAGAACGUCAAAGACGCUAAAGGCAAAGUCAACAAGGUUGAAGUCGGUAGGAUUGUCUUUGAGGAGGUCGGCACCUGGACCGCUAGCGACGAUAUCCUAGCGCUCCAAUGGCUGAACGUCAACCAAAUCAUUGUGCUGACGAAGAUUGGGUUCGAGAUCCACGACGUACGCACAUUCAAGUUGGUGGAACGUGAAUCAUUCGACGCGUGGUCGCUAGUGUCUCCCACUUUGAGCCACACCACCAAUGGGACCAUCACCUAUUCGGACGCAGUGUCAGAAGUGGCACACAGUGUUCGUGUCUAUAAAGGCAAGAUAUUCCUGUUGGGACAGCACGGUAUCCAAGUGGGCACACUUCUCACCUGGGCUGAUCGUAUCCUACACUUUGUCGAGGACGGCGACUUCCUCAGCGCCAUCGAUCUCACUCGGUCAUACCUCGUCGGAGAAGCCCCAGGCAAUAGGAACGGCCUUCCUGAUGAUCCGGAGAGACUCAAGUCGGUCAUAGGGCAGAAACUUCGUGAACUCAUGGUUGCCUCUGCCCAGUACGCCUUUUCCGAGGAUCGCAUGAGGGACGGAACACACGUUACCGCGGACGGACGCGGAGUCGAUCGCACGGUCCUCUUCGAAGGCCUGGUAUCUACUUGCGCUCGCGCUAGCAUGGCUCUGGAAGAUUUCGAUUUCUUCUUUGAGGACCUCUUCCAGUACUACGAAAACAGCGGCAUCUCAGGCAUAUUCCUCGCUCAGUUGGAACCGUUCAUGCUCAACGGAGACAUUCGUCAAGUUCCACCUCGGAUCACCCAACGCCUCAUAGCCCUCCACGCAGAGGUGAACCGUUCCGACCUCGUGGAGAAACUCAUUUGGCAUACCGACCCCGAAUGCCUCGAUGUCAACCAGGCCAUACCGCUGUGCCAGCAAUACCACCUGUACGAUGCUCUCAUCUACAUCUACACUCGGGCGAUCAAGGACUACCUGGCCCCGGUGGUCGAGCUCAUGGGUCUCAUUCGUCGCGUCCAUCAGCAUCGGAGGCAGCGGGCCAAUUCGUCGCCGACAUCGAUGAACUCCACGGAUGAAAAGUCAAUAGAGCCGGUCAUCCUCAGCGCCUACAAAGUUUAUCCUUUCCUCGCCGACACGCUGACCGGUCUUACAUAUCCUUCCGAGGAGCCCCUUCCCGAAGAUGAGGCUUUUGAGGCGAAGAAUGCGAUGUACGAAUUCCUGUUCUUUGGGCAUUCUAGUGUGUGGCCCGCAGGUGAAGGUGGAAAACUCGUUCUCACAGCUGACGAGGAUAGUGGGGUGGAGCCGACGUACCCGUACGCACGACUUCUCUUGCGAUUCGACCCAGAAGCGUUCCUCCAUACUCUCGACCUUGCCUUCGAGGAUGCGUAUCUCAAUGACAAAACCAGGAAAGUUAAUCGCUUGGUAAUCACCAAGAUCCUCCUCGAGAUCCUGGCGACACCAAAUCUCUCGCCGGAGGAGCGAACGUUCGUUCACAUCUUCAUCGCCCGCAAUGUACCGAAAUACUCCCAGUUCAUCGAGCUCCGUCCCAGCACUCUGAACAACAUCCUCAUCGGCCUCGCAGAAGAUCCCGACACGAGCACACGAGAAGACCGGCAGCUCGCCGCAGAAUUUCUGCUAUCGGCUUACACUCCCCACGAGAGCGAGCGGAUACUAGAUCUCUUCAAAGAAGCCGGAUUCUAUCGGAUUCUUCGCUCCUGGUAUCGGCAAGGACAACAGUGGCCGGAACUGUUGAUGACCUUCCUCGAGGACGAGGACUUGCCGCGCCGAGACGUCUUUCCCUCGGUCCACGAGGUUCUAGUUUCUGCCAAGCGAGUCAAUAAAGGAAAGCUUCCGGACAACGUAGCCAUUACCCUUCGCCAAUCAUUGCCCGAUCUUCUCGACGUCAAUAUCGGGAACACAGCUGCUCUCAUUAACGAGCAUAUCCCCGAUUGCCAUGAGGCUGCCCUUGGCGCAUUGGGUCCGGACUACGAUCAAGAGCGCUUCGUGUAUCUGCAACGCCUCCUUCAACCGCCGCAGAAGCAGGAUGAGGAUGAUGAAUAUGAGGCUUACGACGCCGUUGUAUGGCUCGUCGAUCGCGACGGCGAGCCUAGGUCUGCCCUUACCAAAGCGGAUGCUUUCGAUCAGCAGCUCUCUACACGAAUAGCGGAGGCCAUUGUCUCUAACGACGACAAGUCCCAAGAUGCUAUAUCACGCUCCUUGCACAAGCUUGAAGGCGUCACCGGGACCUCGAUAGCUCUUUGCCUAGAACGCUCUCAAGUUACGGCCUCCACCGAGUUCACGUUGGAAGACCUCUGGUUCCAGCUCUUAAGCAGCCAGAUCGACUGUGUCCAGCACGUCGCAAGCUGCUGUUCGUUGGAAGCGCUCGGCCCGACGGAAGGUGUACCAACGGACGACCCCCGCGCACAACGCGAGCAUGGGACAAUCUCUGCCCUCCGCUCCCUCGUACACAAGACGUUCUCCGCCCUCAUGUCUGUCAGUUCUACGCGCGCGGUGUCAUUCCCCCGCCUCUUCAAACGGCUUGUUAGCUCUGCGUCCACAUCCAAAGGCAACGUCUCCAAAGGCACGCUCUACACCGAAUUCCGCACAAUCCUCACAGGGAUGCUUGAGUCCUUCCGUUCCGAGGGCGACAUGCUCGUCAUUACCAAGCACCUUGUAGAUCGUGACGUCGCGGACACGAUCAGGGAGCUCGUCGCGGAACGGGACAAGGGCUGGGCACCCGCGCGUGGAGCAUGUGGAGGCUGCGGGUCCGCGUUCUUCAGCAGCAAAACGCUUGAAGACAGGCCAGGCGGAGGUGGCGGGGAGGUACAGCCAGAGAGCGAGCCAGUCAUCGUAUCACGGACAGGAGCCAUAUACCAUACUAGAUGCUUACCAUCGGAAUUCUCUACUAAUCAAGUCGUCAAUGUACAUUAA